CGCCGAGCGGGAGCAGCGGGUGCCGCGCCGGGGCUGCGGGCCGUCAAGGGCCCCGCCGCCGUCUUGACAGUCGGAGGAGGCGGUAGUGAUAAAGAAUAUCAAGAUGAGUAAAAAGCCUCCAAAUCGUCCUGGAAUCACAUUUGAGAUUGGUGCUCGUUUGGAGGCACUGGACUAUUUACAAAAAUGGUAUCCAUCUCGUAUUGAGAAGAUAGACUAUGAGGAGGGGAAGAUGCUGGUCCAUUUUGAACGUUGGAGUCAUCGCUAUGAUGAGUGGAUUUACUGGGACAGCAACAGGUUGCGACCCUUGGAGCGACCAGCAUUAAGGAAAGAAGGGCUGAAAGACGAUGAAGAAUUUGUUGAUUUUAAGCCUGGUGAAGAAGUCCUAGCUCGUUGGACAGAUUGUCGAUAUUACCCUGCAAAGAUUGAAGCAAUUAAUAAGGAGGGAACAUUCACAGUACAGUUCUAUGAUGGUGUCAUUCGAUGUCUUAAGAGAAUGCAUAUCAAAUCUAUGCCUGAGGAUGCAAAAGGGCAGGCGCGCGAGAGGGAGCAGAUAGCGCCGGAGCUGAGAUUAGUGACGGAAGUCGAACCAAAAGAAGAUUGGAUAGCUUUGGUCAAAGCUGCUGCUGCAGCAGCAGCCAAGAACAAAGCAGGAACUAAACCUAGAACCAGCGCAAACAGCAAUAAAGAUAAGGAGGAGAGAAAAUGGCUGAAAGUUCCUUCAAAAAAGGAAGAAACAUCAACCUCUACAAUCAUGCAGGAGGUCCAAAAAAAGGAAGAGGAGCCUACAUCUAGUGACACAUUUGCAGGAUUUCCUAUAGUGGAUGUUCCAAAGAUGGCCUUUGUGCAGGCAGAGAGCACGUUAUCACACAAGAGGAAAAGUAAUCUAGGCAACUCAUUUCAGGCAAAGAGAGCUCGCCUUAACAAGAUCACUGGUUUAUUGGCAUCCAAAGCUGUUGUUGCAGAUGGUGCUGAAAAAAAGGAAGGCAACAAAGAAACAGCUCCAGUCCUGGAGCAGGAGAUUUCACCUAAACCACAAAUUCAGAAAAAAAAUGAAGCUGAUAUUAGCAGUUCUGCCAACAUUCAGAAACCUGCACUGUUAUCCUCAACUUUGUCUUCAGGAAAGGCUCGCAGCAAGAAAUGCAAACAAGAAUCUGGAGAUUCUUCUGGGUGUAUAAAGCCCCCUAAAUCACCACUUUGCCCAGAAUUAAUACAAGUCGAGGAUUUGACGCUGGUCUCUCAGCUUCCUUCUUCUGUGAUAAAUAAAACUAGUCCAUCACAGCCACUGAAUUCCCCUAGAUCCUACAAACAUAGCCAACGGAGAAGAAGAUCACAGCGUUUAGCCACUUGCUCGUUGCCUGAUGAUUCUGUAGAAAAAGUUUCUUCUCCCUCUCCAGUUACUGAUGGAAAAGUGUUCUCCAUCAGUGCUCAAAAUCAACAGUCAUCAAAAUUGGAGGUACCUGAUGUUGCUCAUAUGUCACUUGAGAAGCGUGGACCCUGUCUCCCUCUUGAUUUAAGCCGUAGUUCGGAAGUCACAGCACCACUGUCCACAGAAUCCACUUUCCGUAAUGAGUAUCCCAGUAAAGACAAGGAAGAUAUUCAGAUGAUUACAUAUCUUUCUUCCAAAGCAGUAACUGAUGGAAGAAUAGCUACAACAGCGUCAGCACCCUCGCCUCAUGUACAUGCCUUACAUCUGGAAUUGCCUUUAACCAAUAGUCUAAAGUUACCAAAAGGGAGUAGUAAAAAAAAGAGGUCUUCCACAUCAGUGAGCUCUGAAGGGACAGAGGUACAGUACUCUGUGCCCAUAAAGGAGAAAUGUUUUGAGAGUCUGAAGGAGAAAAUAUUAAAGAACGUGAUUGAGAAGGACAAGCAUUCAGAAGUUGGAGCAGUGAGAGUGGAAAGAAAAGGAAAACUGGAAGAGAAGAGUUCCACAACAUAUGGUAAGAAGAAAGAAAAGGAAAAGGAAAAAAAAGAGAAAAAAGAAAAAGAUCAUAAAUCAAAACAGAAAAAGAAGAAGAAAAAGAAGAAGAAAUCUAAACAGCAUGAUUAUUCAGAUUAUGAAGAUAGUUCCGUUGAAUUCUUGGACAGGUGCUCUUCUCCAUUGACGCGGUCCUCGGGAAGCUCUCUGACUUUGCGCAGCAUGUUCUCAGAGAAGAAUACAUCAUACCAGUAUCCAAGAGCUAUCUUGUCUGUUGACCUUAGUGGAGAAAACCUUUCAGAUAUGGAGUUCCUGGAUGAUUCCUCUACAGAGAGUUUGUUGCUCAGUGGUGAUGAAUACAAUCAGGAUUUUGAUUCAACUAACUUUGAAGAGUCUCAGGAUGAAGAUGAUGCUCUCAAUGAAAUUGUUAGAUGCAUUUGUGAACUGGAUGAAGAAAAUGGCUUUAUGAUUCAGUGCGAAGAAUGCUUGUGUUGGCAGCACAGUGUAUGCAUGGGAUUGUUGGAGGACAGCAUUCCAGAGCAGUACAUCUGUUAUAUCUGCAGAGAUCCACCAGGUCAGAGGUGGAGUGCCAAAUAUCUUUACGAUAAAGACUGGCUAAACAAUGGACACAUGUGUGGCUUAUCAUUUUUGAAAGAAAACUACUCUCAUCUUAAUGCCAAAAAGAUUGUGUCAACACAUCACCUACUGGCAGAUGUAUAUGGUGUAACAGAAAUAUUGCAUGGACUGCAGUUGAAGAUUGGGAUAUUAAAAAAUAAACAUCACCCAGACCUUCAUCUCUGGGCUUAUUCAGGAAAGCGAAAAGAACAAGAACAAAUAACUCUUGGGGUAGAGAAAAAGAUGACUUUUCCACAUACUGUUAAUCCAACUGAAAGGACAUAUCACAGUCAAAACCAUAAAGAACCGCCUAGUUUACCCCAGAAAAUGGAAGACACAUAUAUCACGAGUGAGCACAGUUACCAAAAGCCACAGAGUUUUGGUCAAGAUUGCAAAGCAGUCGCUGAACCUAUGAGCUCAGAUGAUGAAGAUACAAGUAGUUUUGAGGAAGACCAGGAAUUUUGUUCAGAGAACAAAAACUGUUUACAGUAUUCUUUUAAAGAUGACGGCAUGAAUGAGCAGAAGAAUUCUGCUGAAGGAAACACUGUGUUUGUUUGUAAUGAAAGAAAAGGCUCAGAGGAACAAGUGGAUACACAUCUUCAAUGGCAGCUAAAUCUCCUUACCCACAUAGAGAAUGUACAGAAUGAAGUCACCAGCAGGAUGGACCUGAUUGAAAAGGAAGUUGAUGUUUUAGAAAGCUGGCUUGAUUUCACUGGAGAACUGGAGCCACCAGAUCCUUUAGCAAGAUUGCCUCAGCUGAAGCGACGUAUUAAACAGCUUUUACUUGACAUGGGGAAAGUACAGCAAAUAGCAACACUUUGCUCUGUAUGACAAAAGGAAGAAUAAAGAAAUAAAAAUAGGUUCUCUACGGUGAAUUUUCUUACUAGCCACAAGACUGAUAGGAAGACAGCAAAAAGCUGAGCAUUUAUAUCGUUCUUCGAUUAUUACAUUAAUAGCCUAAAGUUUUAGGGAGUGGAGAGGAAACCUAGAGUAAGCAAUCUGUUAUACUGAAAAUCUAAAUUUUCACAUCCAAACCUCAAAAUAUGAUGUAUUACAUACUGAGAAAUAUUUGUAUCUCAGUAUGAUAAACGAGGAAACUUCUGCAUACAGGAAAGCUGAACAAAAUCUCUGCAAAGAAUGGUUCUGCUAUUUUGAAACGUAGUGGAAAAUUCUGAAUCCGUGGAAUUCAGCUGACUAAAACUUUUUGAACUGCAUUUUUACAAAAUUCUUAUCAGUAAAAGACACAAAGAGAUCUGCAUCCUCUCUACAAGAAAAGUUUUUAGAUUAUUUUCUUUUCUCGUGAAUGUUCAGGAAAGUGAGCAUAUUAGCUUUGGUUUUGAAAGAAGCUACUUGUCACGGUCUCCUUUUCAAAGUAUUUUUUUAAAUAGAAAAUUUUAUUACAGCACCCUUAGGCUCCUUUAAAACGUAAGUGGCAAACAGUGGUCACAUGUGCCAAAUAACAUUACAACCACUGGAUUGAGAUUUUCAUUAUGGCUUACAUGAAGGUUUUUUCCGUAUUCCUACUUGGUGCCAGCAAUCCAUCCAAAAUUAUAUCUAGUUUAUAUUUUUUAUGUUCUGUGGGGAGUAUUCAGGAUUCAAAGUACAAUUUUUGUCCUGGGUAGCUCUGUUCUGGUGUUACUUCACCAUCCUCAGCUGGGAUGAGGAAAUGACGAGCAGUGAAACUCUCUGUGGCUGUCAGUGUACUCAACCACUAGAAUAAAUAUUGCAAUAUACAUUAUACAAGAUUUAUUUUUUUGGAAAAAAAAAAAAAAAAAAAAAAAAAAAAAACAAAAACAAGAAAACUUCCAGCUUCAGUAAAUGCAACAUCAUGAAACCAAAGGCAACCUAGCUGCUCUGUUAGCUUCUGCUGGUUUUUGAGCCCAGGACUUUCCCUGUGCUUAUAAGUUGCCGCUGUACCCAGUGCUACAUACAUACUUGUAUGUGUAUGUGUAUACAUACACAAAUACAUUUAUACAUAGUAUAUACAUUUAUAUCUACACAUCUAUUUUUUUCAAUAGAUUAUAAGAACUGGUGGUUAACAUAAACCGUUACCUUUUAACAAACAGUUUCUAAAAUUGAAAAUAAUGUAUGUACAGGUUUUGAAAUUUGUAAAAUAUGACUGUUAGAAGGAGGCUAUUUAACUGAUGACAAAGAUACUUGAACAUUUUAUGCCUCACAUCUGUUUAUCAGUUCUAGUUAUCUGUAUAAAUGCAUUUUAGAACCGAUAGACAGUAAACUUGAAUUUACCUUUUGAUAAGAGUACAAGCCACUGUACAUUCAAAAAUUAUUUAAAUUUGCAAACACACUGUUCUAUAUGUAAGGUACUGUAUGUAAAACUGUUUAUUAAAACUAUUCUGCGUACUCUA